UGACCUGCACGCAAUCCCAUUUGGAAUUGAGAUCUCAAGCCUGCAGGUCUCGAUCCAGCAAUGUCUUAUAUUCUGUCCCUUGCAUAACAGGUCGUGCAAUUGUUGAUUUCGCACUCUCCAGCGGAAUUCCGGACUCUCCGUUUUGCAUUCGUAGAAUACCGGAUUGGAUUUAGCAUCUAUGUUGCAAAAAUCAAUCACCGAUAUCCUACCACAGACUAUCACAUAUGUUCUAUUUGACGGUGAACGUUAUGACAAAUUGCAAUGCACAUGUUCAACAGGUCAUUGUUCUUGCUUCCCAAGUGCAUCCACAUACUCACUAACGGAGUUAAGGUGUGGGGAUAACUCGGAGGAAAUAUGAACGGGACCAACGUACCUAUGACUACAUGGUUACGACUCAUGACGAUUUAGGCUGUGCCACCAGCUUCUUCUGUCUUUCUCCUUUGUCUUGAGUAUAUUUGCGUGGUGCAUAUGAAACAUGAGUACCUAUAUAUGUAUCUAGCAACUUCUAUGAGUCCAAGCUAGUAUGUUGAUUACGUGACAGACGUAGGUGGGGGUUUUCAAAUGCCUUUUGUCCCGCAACAUCAGACUUCAUCGCAUCGCAUCGAAACGGCAAAGUUCACUCCUCCAUGUCCGUCACAAUACAAGAUCUCAAACCGCUCAAUCUCAGACCCGUGCUGCGCGAAGAUCCCUACGCGCUGCCAUUACAUGAUGGAAAGCUACAUCUAUUACUGUGCGCCACCGGCUCUGUCGCGACAAUCAAGAUCCCCAACAUGAUCCAAGCACUUGCGAAAUACCCUCACCUUUCCAUUCGUCUCGUCCUUACACAAUCUGCCACCAAAUUCUUGUGCGGUCAGAGCAACGAGCAGCCAUCUAUCGCAGAAAUUGAAACAUACCCCAAUGUGGACAGCGUGUACUUGGACGAAGACGAAUGGAGGGAGCCUUGGGUCCGGGGUAACAAGAUCCUGCAUAUCGAGUUGCGACGCUGGGCCGAUGUCAUGGUCAUAGCACCUCUGAGUGCAAACUCCCUUGCUAAGAUCACGCAAGGCUGGUCUGAUAACCUUCUUCUUUCUGUCGUACGCGCGUGGGAUACUACUGGUGAGCUAGAUCCCGUGAGGAACUUGGAGACACCGGGUCGCUCUCACAACACGGAUGGAAAGGCAGGUGGCAAAAAGAUAAUAAUCGUCGCUCCGUCUAUGAACACCGCCAUGUGGAAGCAGCCCAUAACGAAUACACAGAUCAAGGUUCUAGAGGAGGAAUGGAGCGUGCGGAACGGCGGCUGGUUUGAAGUGCUCAAGCCGAUGGAGAAGGAGCUAGCUUGUGGUGAUGUUGGAGGUGGUGCUAUGAAAGACUGGAGAGAGAUUGUAGAGGUGGUUGAAAACAGAUUGGGCUUGGUAUCAGGUAAUGCGAAAUAA